CUUUUUUUUUAUUAGACGCGGGGAUCUGUCUUAACGACAUGUUUCGACGAUCAACGGAAGAAUAUUUUGUAUGAGUCUGAUGUCACCAUGUCUAAAAUCCAUUACGACUUACUUUUUGUUAAUGUCGGUUGGAACUUGAGUACUUGAACAUUUUGAAUAUUGUGAAACUAUCGCACCAUGAUAUUCUCCCACACCAGUCAAUAAAUCUGUAUUUUACUGACACGCCAUCAAAUCGAGGAGCUAUUAAAACGACCCGUCCCCUUUUAUAUGUUAGUCCGGAUGUGAAAUUCAUUCGCCAAGCAGCAGCGCGGGGCGGCCAUGAGACUGUAACAAGGACCCUAAAAUUCCUACAACAAUACGAUGAUUCUGAGGCAUUGAUAGCAGCAGCCCGUGGAGGCCAUGAAUUUAUCAUGGAGCUUUUACUUUGCCUUAGUGGUGUAAACCCUGAACCAGCUCCUGUUCCCUCUCUUCCUUCUGAACGUACCACGCCAAUUUUGGCUGCAAUUGGUCAGGAGAACAUCAAGGUUAUAGAGCUUCUUGUAGAACAAUCGGGGUUUGAUCUGACGCGUUGCUUUAGAGGAGAUACGUAUUACGAAAUAGCUAGAGGGCGUAGGGGGCCCAUGUGGGAGGAGGAGGAGGAGGAGCGUACAUUGAAAAAACGCUUACGACGAAACGAUAAAAAUGCGCAAGAGCGUUGCCAGAAAGAAAUCUCAGUCUAUGUUGCCCGUGGCAUCGAAAAGAGGAAGGGAACAGGAAGAUGGUCAGAAACCGACCGACUCCGGUCGUACCGGUAUUGCUGCGUACUUGCGUAGGGUCAAACAAACUUACGUUGAGAAAACCCACCUGGGUGGUUCAUCAAACGAGAUAGACGACCCGGAGUAGAAACUCCCCAAGAGUCAUGGCACUCACAUUAUUGUGAAUCGAGAGCCUCAUUCUGAGAUGUACAGACUAGUUAGCUCGCCAAAUGGGAAUGGAAACGAUACUUUUG